AUGGAGAAAAUCAAUAUCUCUUUAUUUUUAAUUUGUUUCAUUGUUGGUGUUGCGCACUCCGAACCGAUUGGUGAUAAGCAAGCCGACCAUUGGUGCAUUGCUCGACCAAAAAUUCCUAAUGAGAAGUUGCAAGCAUUUAUAGACUAUGCUUGUGGAAUUAUAGAUUGCGCAGCCAUUCAACCAGGUGGUCCUUGUUAUAAUCCCAACCCUGGACUGGAUCCUGGAGAUAAUGCACAAUUACUGGCUCAUGCAGAUUACGCUUUAAAUCAAUUCUACAGAAGUAAAUAUGUAUGCAAUACGGAUGUCGGUUUUCUCAUAACAUUUGAUCCUUCGUAUGGAAAUUGCAAGUUUCAAUGA